GGCCUCCUUAAUUUCAUGCACCAAGAUCGCAAAUUAAAGCCAUAAUUUCCCCUCAAACCGUCCAAUAAAAUUCCAUUUUAUGGAUAAGGACGUGUUUUAUUUUUGUUGCUGGCCAUGUUGGCUUUCUUAAGAGUUUACCCUGUCGUUUUCAAUUGUAUGACUUUGGCAGAUAGUUUUUCUUUUAUUCCACAAUUAAAUAAAAAAAUGCAAAAAAGUCAACCCUUUCAUGAAUCAGCCAAUCAGGUAAUCGAAUUGGAAUGCGUCAGCAUGCAAGACCAUUUCCAAUUGUUCACUUAACGAAAACUUCCAACUUCCCACCUUUUUCCUUCUCUCUCUCUCUCUCUCCUAUCAUAAACGUGCCUUUGUCACAUUAAUAAGACCAUGACAACCUUUGACUUGUUUUAGGGUUUCCUUCCACAAAAGGCAACUAAGUAAAAAAUGACCAUUUCUAUUUAUAACCCUUUCUUGUAAGCCAUUUUCAUAUUUAAUUUGUCAAUCAAUCUUAAAGAUAGUAACAUGGGUUAUAUAUAUAGCUUAACAAGUUAUGAUAAACAUUGAGGAUUUCCAUUGGUUUUUCUCCAUUAUAUUGUUUUCCAUACUCCCAGAUCAUUCUCCCAGUUCCAUACCCGGAAUAAUGGAAACCGUUGUUUCUAUGCCUCUUCCUUCGUUUCCAUGGGUUGCCAAUGUUAUGGUUCAUCAACUUGGCACACACAUACAUUCUAAGGAAAUUGAAUGUUUAGAUAAUAAUAAUUCUAAUGUCAAUGUGUUGCCUAUUAAGUCGUCGCGAAAGAGGCCUGCAAUGCUAGUUUUGCCUGAAUUUAGCCCUGAGAAGGUGUUUUAUUCGGAGAAAAGGAAGAUCGAAAACGUUGAAGUCGCGUUCCAAGGGAGAGAAUAUUGUGUGUUGAGUAAGAAAGGAAGGCGAGAGAAUAUGGAAGAUCGGUACAAGGUUAUUACUGACAUUGCUGGAGACUCUAACCAGGCGUUUUUCGCUGUUGUUGAUGGACACGGAGGCCAAGCUGCAGCUGAUUAUGUCGCAGAUAACUUAGGGAAAAACAUUCUGAGUGCACUUGAAAACCUCGUAGAAGCAGAUCAGCAUACAGUUGAUCAGGCCAUACGCGGAGGCUACUUGGAGACUGAUAAGGGGUUCCUUAGUCAGCGUGUGAACAGUGGAGCUUGUGCAGCAAGUGUGCUCGUAAAAAACGGCGAAUUACACGUUGCUAACGUUGGUGAUUGUAGAGUAGUUUUGAGUAGAAAAGGAUUAGCAACUAAAUUGACAAAUGAUCACCAUUUAAGCAGAGAAGAUGAACGUUCUCGUAUAGAAAAUGCAGGCGGAUUCGUACAUAGAUGCAACGGAGUGUGGAGACUUCAAGGUACUCUUGCAGUGUCAAGAGCAAUAGGAGACCUGCAUUUGAAAGAGUGGAUAAUUUCCGAGCCUGAGAUUCAGAAAGUCCCCUUAACUUCAGAAUGUGACUUUCUUAUUAUGGCCUCAGAUGGGCUGUGGGACAAGGUGAGUGAACAAGAAGCUGUUGAUGUUGUUUCAAGGGAAGAAGUUAAUACAAUGGAGUCUUGCAAGAAGCUCGUAGAUAUAUCUUCAAGCAGAGGCAACAAAGAUGACAUUACUGUCCUAGUUAUCAACCUUCAAACAUUUGUGGCAGCUCCUGUAUCAAGUGCAUGCUGAAAUACUCACAUAAGUUUAUUGCACUCAAGAAAAUCAUAAAUUUUUUCAUAUGCUUCGUUAUUGAACUGUAAAUAUAAAUAAAUUCAGCUGCAGACGGGGUAUUCGGGAUUGGAGAGGAUCAAUGGAAGGGAUCGGAGGGGUAAAAAUGUAAAAUCGAAUGCAUCAAUUUUGUAUAGUUGGGAAGUAGAACUUAGAAAUAAACUACUAGUCCUAGAUUUAGAUUCAUCAAGUAGAAAUUAGUUGGGGUGGGGGGAAUUUAGUAAAGAAGCAAUUUCAUUUGUUAAUCUAUUCAUGUGUUAUUUGUUCAUACUUAUUCAUUUUGGUUAGUAUUUGUAACAAUUGUUGUUUUCAAAGUAA